AUGACACAGACAUGGCUCGUAACCGGCGCUUCUUCCGGCCUAGGGACAGCAGUUGCCGAAGUCGCCCUACGCUCCGGGCACAGAGUCCUCGCGACAGCGCGCGACACUACAAAAGCCGCGCGAGAAAACCCUCAAAUUGAAGAACUAGGUGGUACAUGGGUUGAACUCGAUGUGACGCGUGUCGCCACGGCGAAAGAAGUUGAAUUCGCGAUCCGGGAGGCCGGAGGUGUUAUUGAUGUCGUUGUCAAUAACGCGGGAUACUCGCUUCUGGGCAGUAUUGAGGAUAUGAGUGAAGAGGAGAUUGAGAUGCAGUUUAGUACGAAUGUUUAUGGACCUGUUAGGGUGUUGAAGGGUGUUUUGCCUUUUAUGCGGAAGCAGAGGUCUGGGACUAUUGUUAAUGUUAGUAGUAUUGCCGGGAUGGAUGGCGGGCCUGCUUGUGCCAUGUAUGCUGGGUCGAAGUUUGCGCUUGAAGGUAUGUCGGAGAGUCUUGCGAGAGAGUUACAGCCGUUCGGUAUAAGGGUACUGGUUGUUGAGCCCGGCCUGUUUCGAACGAAGUUCCUUUCUGCUUUCGUGGAGCCGGCUGCUGGAUUGAGAAAGGAUUAUAUUGGAACGCCUGUGGACAAUGCGCUGCAAGCAUUCAAGUCUAGAAACGGCUCACAAGAGGGCGAUCCUAUGAAAGCCGCUCAAAGGAUCUUCGAGGUUGUGACUGGAACAGGAAUGGGCGCUGGCAAAGAAGACUAUUUUCGAUUAAUGCUUGGUCCUGAUUGCCAUGCGCGCUUCCAGAAGAAGACAGAUGCUCUCCAGGAGAACCUGGAUCAAAUGAAGGAUAUCUCUCACUCCACUAGCUACUGA